CCCAGCCCGGGCGUCGCGGGGCGUGGCGGCUCUCGCGGCUGCGGGGCGCAGGGCGCUGCGGCCGAGCGGGGUCCCCGGAAGCACAGCUGGGGUGCCUCCACCUACGGCUGGCCGUGCGCUUCUUCUCUCCCGCGCCAGGGAAGGAGCGGCUGCGGCCCCCGCCGGGCGGAGGCACGGGGGGCAUACCGGGCGCGGAGGGGCCGUCGCGGAGGAGAUGGCUCGGCACGUGAGGUGACGGCGCCCGAGCCCCGAGGGUCCCAGCCCCGCGCCCCGCGUCCCCGGGACAGCAUGGAGCGCCCAGAGCCCGAGCUGAUCCGGCAGAGCUGGCGGGCGGUGAGCCGCAGCCCGCUGGAGCACGGCACCGUCCUGUUCGCCAGGCUGUUUGCCCUGGAGCCUGACCUGCUGCCCCUCUUCCAGUACAACUGCCGCCAGUUCUCCAGCCCAGAGGACUGUCUCUCCUCACCUGAGUUCCUGGACCACAUCAGGAAGGUGAUGCUCGUGAUUGAUGCUGCGGUGACCAAUGUGGAAGACCUGUCCUCACUGGAGGAGUACCUUGCCAGCCUGGGCAGGAAGCACCGGGCAGUGGGUGUGAAGCUCAGCUCCUUCUCGACAGUGGGUGAAUCUCUGCUCUACAUGCUGGAGAAGUGUCUGGGCCCUGCCUUCACACCAGCCACACGGGCCGCCUGGAGCCAGCUCUACAGGGCUGUGGUGCAGGCCAUGAGUCGAGGCUGGAACAGCGAAUAAGAGGCAACCCUGCCCAGUGGCCCCCAUCUGUUUGUGUCUGUCUGUUGGUCUGUAUCUGUUGUAGCCCAGGCUCUCCAAGCUUCCCUGCAUCUUGGUCCUUGUUACUUGGCCACACUGGAGAGGUGCUGGGGCAGGGCUGGGUCUCAGUCUCCCAGAGUCCAACUGCAGAAGGAGUGGCUUUUCCUCCAGGAAGGGGCUUCUGGGUGUCCCCUCAUCCCCAAUAGCCUCUUUCUUGCCUUUUUUUUUUUUUUUUUUUUUUUUAACCUUUUUGGCACUCCCUCUGGCCCUGUGAGGAAUGUUUUGGUGGCAG